UAUCUCAUCAACACAGCAGAGUCUACCCUCUUCUACCUCACUCAUCCCUCCUCUCCAAGUUCCAACCACAAUUCUCCAAACCCCCAACCCAAAAACUCCUACAAUGGUCGCCUCAAACCCCGAAACCCGCUUCGACGCCUUCCACCACCACACCAUCCCCUACAAAACCAUCAACAACCAACCCAUCGACGCCGAGCUCCUCAUCCCCAAAGCCAUCACCCCAGGCCCGCACCCCCUCGUCGCCCAAUUCCACGGCGGCGGCCUCUUCACCGGCAAAGCCCUCUACGCCGACUGGUUCCCGCCCUACCUGGUCUCCUUCGCCCUGGCCAACGCCGCCGUCAUCGUCGCGCCCAACUACCGCCUCCUCCCCGAGCACUCGGGCGCCGACGUCCUCGCCGACCUCGCCGACUUCUGGGCCUGGCUGCACGGCGCCCUUCCCGCGCUGCUCAGCUCCAAGGCUGAGGGGGUCACCGCCGACCUCGACCGCCUGCUCGUUGCGGGCGAGAGCGCGGGCGGCUGGCUGGCGCUGCAGUCCGUGUACUCGCUGCCCGCGGGCACCAUCAAGGCCAUGCACCUGCCGUACCCCAUGUCGCAGCCGCUGCCGGGCGGCAACAAGAAGGAGAUGAUGGGGAUGUCGCUGCCGGAUGCCGCGGCAGUCGAGGCGUGGCUCGCGGCCAUCAAGCCGGGGGUGGUCGUGAGCAGCGCGGCGCCGCCUGCGCGGCUGCUGGAGGGCCUGGCGUUGAUGCAGCAGCCCGGGCGGAGGACGCAGUUCCUCGGGGAGGGGAAGCGGUUUAAUCCGUAUGAGGGGCUGGAUGAUGCGACGUGGUUCCCCAGGACGUGGGUGAUUCAUGGGGCGGACGAUGAGGUUGUGAGUGUUGAUUAUUCGGUGCAGUUGGUGGAGAAAUUGGACAGGCUGUUUCCGGGGAAGGCGAGGUUGACGGUGAAGCCGGGUAAUCAUGGGUUUGAUGGAGAGGUUGAUCCGGAGAAGGAGGAGUGGUUGAAGGAGGGGUUGGAGUGGGUGAGGGAGGCGUGGUUGUUGUAAGAGUGGCGGAGACGGAAGCCUAAAGUGAUAUCGUUCGUUGUUAUUUUACGCUAUUUACGCUGAUGGAUAUGUGUACCUAUGAGUGUAACCAACUGACUGUUCAGGUAUGUGCAUACUAUACCUACGAUUAUCUUCAAAUCCCCCAUUAUCCCCCAUUAUCCACCACAAGAUAUCCAGGUAGCCUCGUGUACUCCUUUCCAAGCUCAUGCGGACAAUUGCACUCACAGUCCGCCCGCCGUAGUGCUUGCACCAAACGGCACAGUCAACCUCUGCAUAAACUGCCUCCUCCUCGGCUCUUCCUCUCCUCCACUCGCAUCGCUCCUCUCGUCCUCACUUAAUCCUCUUUCAUCAACCAUGA